CACGACCCAGGGUUAGCCGCCGGGGUUCGAGGAGUUUCAGGGCCGGCCGUCACCCUAAGCCUCAGUCUUGAUCGGUGCUGAUCGGCCACCCUUCCUUUCCCCCGAAAAGUUCCUCCCGUGUGCACGAUGUCCGACACCCAAGAAAGAAAAACUCCCACCGAGGAGCAAUGGUCGUCCGACCGACCCACCGAGGAUCGUCAAGGUGGUGACUAUGACGGACCCGCUGGUAUGGAAGCGGGCGGCGUCAUAGAUUCCAAUUGGGACGAAGUGUGCGAGAGCUUCGAUGAGAUGAACCUCCGCGAGGAGUUGCUUCGCGGCAUCUACGCCUAUGGUUUCGAGAAGCCCUCUGCCAUCCAGCAGCGGGCUAUUGUCCCCUGUGUCAAGGGAUUGGACGUGAUUGCUCAGGCCCAAUCCGGAACCGGCAAGACUGCCACCUUUUCCAUUUCGAUCUUGCAACAGAUCGACACCUCUCUGGCCGCCAGUCAGGCGCUGAUCCUGGCUCCUACUCGGGAGUUGGCUCAGCAAAUCCAAAAAGUGGUCAUGGCCUUGGGUGACUACAUGGGCGCUCAAUGCCACGCCUGCAUUGGCGGCACAUCCGUUCGUGAGGAUAUGCGAAAGCUGGAUGUGGGACAGCACAUUGUUGUCGGCACUCCCGGUCGUGUGUUUGAUAUGAUCUCGAGAAAGAACCUUCGCACUGAAGACAUCAAGAUGUUCGUCCUAGAUGAGGCCGAUGAGAUGUUGUCUCGUGGUUUCAAGGAUCAAAUCUAUGACGUGUUUCGUCACUUGAACUCAAGCAUCCAAGUGGUGUUGCUGUCCGCUACGAUGCCCGCUGAGGUGUUGGAGGUGACCACCAAGUUCAUGCGAGAGCCCAUUCGAAUCCUUGUUAAGAAAGAGGAACUCACCCUCGAGGGUAUCCGUCAAUUCUACGUGUCUGUGGACCGCGAGGAUUGGAAAUUGGACACCUUGUGUGAUCUCUACGAAACGCUCACCAUCACCCAGGCCGUCAUUUUCUGCAACACUCGCAGGAAGGUGGAUUGGCUCACCGACAAGAUGCACGAUAGGGAUUUCACCGUCUCGGCCAUGCAUGGAGACAUGGACCAGAAGGAGCGUGAUGUGAUCAUGCGAGAGUUCCGAUCCGGGUCUUCUCGUGUCCUCAUCACGACGGAUUUGUUGGCUCGUGGUAUUGAUGUGCAGCAAGUCUCCUUGGUCAUCAAUUAUGACCUUCCCACGAACCGAGAAAACUACAUUCACAGAAUUGGCCGUGGUGGUCGUUUCGGCCGUAAGGGAGUGGCCAUCAACUUUGUCACCGAUGAAGAUAGGCGAACCCUUCAUGAUAUUGAGAAGUUCUACAACACCCGCAUUGUGGAGAUGCCUAUGAACGUGGCUGACCUGAUCUAAUUCCUAGUGUGUGUUUUCCCAUUGCGUCCUACGACACAUUACAAAGAAAUUGAAAGCCAACAACCACACUCGUACUUCUACUUCUGCUACUAAGAUCAUUGCGACGUUUUACAAGUAAUCCACAAGCUACUUUGCCUUCCCUCAAGAUUAUCAAACUUCAUCUCGUAACCACCACCCAUGUCAACUGAAAGUUGAAUUUUCCUCCUAUUUUGGGUGUUCACCCCCCACCCCCCCCUCUUCCCCACUCUAGAGUUAGGGCGAGGCUUGAACCUCGCUCGACAGUGGAAUUAGUGCAAUUUUUGUGUAUUGGAGUGUUCGCGUCGCCACGACUUCUUCCUUCGUGUUGUCCCAACCGCUGCCCCCCGUCUUAGGGUUGAAUCCAAUUUAUUGAACUAUGAUGGCCAAUAGUGACCCGUUUUGUGCUGCUGACGAUGCUUCCAACGCGCCUGGGCGACGUCUUGCUCCCCCUCAUCGAUCUCCACGCGAUCUGUUCCGAAGUUUACUCCUGCAAGAUGCAAAUCCAAUCUCGUAUGCUAGUUCAAAACGCUUUAUAGGCCUCUGGCGAGGAUUUUUCAAUCCCAAACGCGUGCGGCGGCGAGACCCAAGUCUGCCUUGGAGAAGAAGAGGCGACAUCGUUCGUUUCUGAUGCUCAACGCGACCUUAUUCCAAUUUAUACCUCCCAAAACUUUGCGGAUUACUACCAAAAAUUAACCCACAUACGAUUGUAAUAAAACUCGUACAUUUAUUGUGCUUUCAAUUGGUUUCUUUGCAUAAUAAAUGUACGUUGAUAGUGACUAUG